CAUCAUCACCAGCCAAAAUCUCUCUCGCUCUCUCGAUCGCCAUCGGAAGAAGAAGAUGGAGAGCGACGACGACUUCGAGCUGCUCCCUCCCGCAGAUCCAACUUCCCCUCCGGUCCACGCGCGGAAGCUGAAGCGCCUCAAGAAGGCCGCCCUCGCCGCCGCCGCCGAUCGCCGUCCUUCCCAGCUCCGCGGCAACAAAAGCCCCGACCCGCCGUCGCCACUCGCGCGUCCGCUUUGUCCCGAAUCGCUGAGCUCGGAGGAUUCAGGCGGCGGCCCGCGGCUCGAGGAACCGAGGGAUGAGCCGUCGUCGGAGCUGGAGCUGGAGCUGCCUGCAGCGCCCGAGGAUCUCCUUGGCGAGAGCGAGCUCGUCGGGUCGGGGUCUGCGCAUUUCGACGGUGAUGGCGAGGAGUUGGGCUCCGGAACUGAUGGAUCCCGAGCGAAAAGAGUCUUGGAGUUUGAUCCCGCCGAGGAGCGGCUCGAUGCGCGGAGUGGCGAUGGGGACGGAGAUGCGAUCGGAGAGGGAAAGGAGGAUCCGAGAAGCGAUUGGCCUGAGAAGAGGCAGAACGGCACGGAGGUGGCCGAUGGAGGUGUAGAGGAGGAUACGAAGAAGGGGAAGAAGAGGAAAUCGAAGGGAGGUGAGAAUUGUGUCGAAGAGGAUGAGAAGCACCAAGCUCAUGCUACAAACAAAAGAAGAGCAGAGAAGGAAAGAAGAGGCUAUCUCGAGCAGCUUCGUGCAGACUCUCAGAGACUGUUGCGAGAGACUCGAGAUGCGACCUUUAAACCUGUGCCUCUUGUUCAAAAGCCAAUCUCUUCUAUACUGGAGAAGAUCCGGCAAAGGAAGCUUGAGCUUUCCAAGAAAUCUGUCAUGCUGAAGAAUUUGUCCACCACAUGUAGUUAUGACGAGUUUUUGGGGGAGGAUCUGGAGUUUGAGGUGGAAAUUUCUCAUAAUAAGAAAGAGGUGGAGGAUAAAGCCAAAAACGUAGGAGUGGAAGAAAAUGUUGCAGGUUCUGGUGAGAAAGGGAGAGAUGUAAGUGCCCCAUCCUGUGGCGAGUCAGAUGAUACUUCAAAUGAAUCAGGUUCUGGAGGCGCUCCUUCGCAAAGGGCUUUGGACGGGGGAUCCAACCACACAUUUCGAGCACCCAUAAAUGAUACUCAGGAAUUAUUUUCGGAUUCACAAAGCAGUGAAAAGAAAGAUGAUUUACCUGAUGAGAUUCCCAAAAGUCCCGGGGAAGAAGUUUUUGCACCAUCUUUACUUGCAAUGAAUUUGAAGUUUGAUUCUGCUCCUCAAGAUGACAUGUCUGAUGAGGAGGAUGAUAAUAACAAGGAAAACGUCGAUCCUCAUAUGCAUCAAUCAGUUGAUUUGUCUUUAUCUCCAAAAGGAGAUCCUGUCAAAGAUUUUAUUGAUGAGGAAGCUGUGGAAGAAGAUGACAGUGAUAAUGAUCUACUCCAUUUCCAAGACAAUGAAGAAGAGGACAUUGAAGAUGCUGAGGAACUUAAUGAAAUGAUAGCAGUUGACUAUAAAGAAAAACCUAUAGAUAAUGAAAGGCGCAAUCAACUUCACCAGGAGUGGCUUGAGCAGCAGGAUGCUGCUGGGACAGAAAAUCUGAUGCAAAGACUAAAUUGUGGUCUGAAACAGAGAGACACAUCGCUGCUUGAUCUGGAAGAUGAGAAAGAUGUAGAAGGUGAAGAAGAUGAAGAGUUUGGGGAUGAUGACGCGGAAGAUUUAGCUCCGGCAAAUACUGCACGAACGAAUUUACGUAAAGCAAAGCAGAUGAUUCCAGAAGUGUUUACUGAUAAAGAAGAUGCUUAUAUGUCUUCUGACGAUGAAGAAUUUGAGACACGGCUAGCCAAACAGUCCCUAUUCAGAAAAACUGAAGCACAUGCUCCUCUCAUGUCACCAGCAGAGGAUGAAGGCUCCAGAGAAGUAUUUCAUCGAAUAAAGAAGCUGAAUAUGACCCCUGACAAGAGGAAGAAACCAAAAACAUUAUCCCGAUUUGAUGCACCUUUUGCACAAGGCAAAACAAUUGGCAUUUUAAAGCAGCCAUCUUUUCUAGGUCGAGGGUCAAAUCCUCUGCCAUCAUCAAAGAAUCACAAGACAAGCACGGUUAGGACAUUUAUAUUUGGACGGGAUGACAGCAAUAGCAAGAGCACCAUAUCAGCAUCAGAGGACUCCUCAGACAUGAUUCAUAAGGAGAGUCGACCGACAAGAACUUCAGUGGCCAAGUUUAGCAGCUCGCAGUCAAAGAGUAGUACCCAAACAACAGAAACUGCUGAUGGAGUAAGCUCAAACACAACAUUAUAUGACAUUCUGAGGCAUUCUUCCGUGUACGCUGAUCAGUGUGCUCGGGAAACUAUUGUUAGCCAAACUGAAACAAUGUUUGCAGCAUUCAGAUUAGGAAAUAAGUCAAAAAGAAGCAGAAUACUGAUGUAGAAGUCGUCAGUGUCAAGAAUCAGUAUUGCUACUCUUCCCCUAUUAGUGCUGCCUAAUUAGCAGCAUGUUGAGAACGAGAGAAAUGACCUGCAAAGAUAAAUGACAUUUGCUAUUGGCAAAUUUUACAGAAACAUCAUAGUUUCUGCAUUUUUGGCUCUA